UAUCGCUGUACCUAAACGGCAACCUUUUCUUUCAACUCGGACACAAAGGCAUCUCAGGUACUAUACCAACCUUGCAAGUCCAGAUGCACGAUGCAUCACAUGCCGCCACACUAGUUCUCCCGGGGUACCGAUCAUCGAGCAACACAGUCAGUCUUGAUCUCGCGCUACAAGGAGGCCUUUUGGACCUUUUCGAUACGGAGAACAACGAAAAGAUCUCCAUACCUUCCAGCACAGAGGAGCCUGGGAAACUGGUUGUCGAGGCCAAAGCGCGGAAUCAAUGGUUCGAUCUCAAAGUCGAUGCGCGUGACGACUUUUGGACAAACCUUCUCACGCCCGGCCACAAGUAUGAGAUUCGUUGGCGGAAGGAUGGGAAUAUGCCAUGGGCAUAUCGCGGUGAUGAUGAACGACAGCCUCCCGAGCGUCUGCCAGUGCGCCUCCUACCGCGCCCCGUCACUCUCAAGGUGUUUGAUGAUGCUACAGCGCCACUGCAACUCUCCGUAUCGCUGUCUCCAACGGCAGACGUCUGUCAUCUGAGCGGCGAGCCACGCUUUGGAUUCGAACUCCAGGUUGUGUCGCACAGCGACGAUGUCAUCACUGUUUGUCUGGAGAAGACGCCCCUCAAACACUUCCAUGGCAUGGAAGAGAUUGCACAUGUCGUCGAUGAAGAAGGUGAAGAGGUAGAAUGGCCAUAUGGUAUCGGUUGUUUCGAGGGCCGAGAGCCGUUUCCAUCCGACAAUAUGUUUGAAGAGCUCGAGCCCAAUGUACCGUAUGAGCGGACGUUCUGGUUGGAAAAAUUCAACAAAGAGACGUCGAAUGGCGGUGAGCUGGAGGCGCUUGAAAGUGGUCAAUCGUAUACGGCAGAGGUUAGCAAGACCCUGCUAGGUGCUUUUUCAAUGUGGAGGAGAGGGACUAAGCAAGAGUUGUUGGCUGGCGAGGAGAAGGAUAAAGAGGAGAGGUGGAGGAGAAGCAGUGGCGAGAAGCUUCUUGAAGUCUCAGAUCCAUUUAAGUUUACUGCCGUCUAAAGGUUCAAGGGUUAGGGAUUGAGGAAUCAAGAGAGCGUAGCAGUGUGAGAGAGAUGCCGCAGAAAGCCAUACGUAAA